UGUUCCGGUAGGUGGGCGGCUUCGGGUCCGAGGGCCGCGGCGUCCCAGAGCCCGGGGGGUGCUUCGGCGUCCUCGCUGUCCCCCGCCGUACCCCACCCUCUGCAGCCGGAACGACGGGAGGGGAGCGCUUGGGUCGCGCCUGGGCUGGGGAUCGGGCGGCGGCCAGCCGCAGCGCCCCAGUUCCAGGCACAUUCGGUAUGAUGGGGUGGCGGCCCGUGGCCUUUGGCAAGAAUGCGAAGGCUUAUCGGGGAUGUGAGUAGUAGCUCUCUACUGAGCACUUUUCUCGUUGAGCAUUUUCGAUUUAAACACAACCCCUAUCCUAGCUCCUUCACAACAAAGCUGGAAGUCAAGUGCUACUGUUUCCCCCAUUUUACAGGGUCUUGUUCUCUUGGCCAGGCUGGAGUGCUGUGGGAAAAUCUGGGCUCAUUGCAGCCUCAACCUCCGGGACUCAAGUGAUCCUCCUGCCUCAGCCACCCAGAGUAGCUGAGAAUACAGGCGUGCGCCACCAGGCUCGGGCAGCUUCAAACCAGUGCAAUGACGAUGCCAGUCAACGGGGCCCACAAGGAUGCUGACCUGUGGUCCUCACAUGACAAGAUGCUGGCACAGCCCCUCAAAGACAGUGAUGUUGAGGUUUACAACAUCAUUAAGAAGGAGAGUAACCGGCAGAGGGUUGGAUUGGAGCUGAUUGCCUCGGAGAAUUUCGCCAGCCGAGCAGUUUUGGAGGCCCUAGGCUCUUGCUUAAAUAACAAAUACUCUGAGGGGUACCCGGGCCAGAGAUACUAUGGCGGGACUGAGUUUAUUGAUGAACUGGAGACCCUCUGUCAGAAGCGAGCCCUGCAGGCCUAUAAGCUGGACCCACAGUGCUGGGGGGUCAACGUCCAGCCCUACUCAGGCUCCCCUGCAAACUUCGCUGUAUACACUGCCCUGGUGGAACCCCAUGGGCGCAUCAUGGGCCUGGACCUGCCGGAUGGGGGCCACCUGACCCAUGGGUUCAUGACAGACAAGAAGAAAAUCUCUGCCACGUCCAUCUUCUUUGAAUCUAUGCCCUACAAGGUGAACCCAGAUACUGGCUACAUCAACUAUGACCAGCUGGAGGAGAACGCACGCCUCUUCCACCCGAAGCUGAUCAUCGCAGGAACCAGCUGCUACUCCCGAAACCUGGAAUAUGCCCGGCUACGGAAGAUUGCAGAUGAGAACGGGGCGUAUCUCAUGGCGGACAUGGCUCACAUCAGCGGACUGGUGGCGGCUGGCGUGGUGCCCUCCCCAUUUGAACACUGCCACGUGGUGACCACCACCACUCACAAGACCCUGCGAGGCUGCCGAGCUGGCAUGAUCUUCUACAGGAAAGGAGUGAAAAAUGUGGAUCCCAAGACUGGCAAAGAGAUUCUGUACAACCUGGAGUCUCUUAUCAAUUCUGCUGUGUUCCCUGGCCUGCAGGGAGGUCCCCACAACCACGCCAUUGCUGGGGUUGCUGUGGCACUGAAGCAAGCUAUGACUCUGGAAUUUAAAGUUUAUCAACACCAGGUGGUGGCCAACUGCAGGGCUCUGUCUGAGGCCCUGACGGAGCUGGGCUACAAAAUAGUCACAGGUGGUUCUGACAACCAUUUGAUCCUUGUGGAUCUCCGUUCCAAAGGCACAGAUGGUGGAAGGGCUGAGAAGGUGCUAGAAGCCUGUUCUAUUGCCUGCAACAAGAACACCUGUCCAGGUGACAGAAGCGCUCUGCGGCCCAGUGGACUGCGGCUGGGGACCCCAGCACUGACGUCCCGUGGACUUUUGGAAAAAGACUUCCAAAAAGUAGCCCACUUUAUUCACAGAGGGAUAGAGCUGACCCUGCAGAUCCAGAGCGACACUGGUGUCAGAGCCACCCUGAAGGAGUUCAAGGAGAGACUGGCAGGGGAUAAGUACCAGGCGGCCGUGCAGGCUCUCCGGGAGGAGGUUGAGAGCUUCGCCUCUCUCUUCCCUCUGCCUGGCCUGCCUGACUUCUAAAGGAGCGGGCCCACUCUGGACCCACCUGGCGCCACAGAGGAAGCUGCCUGCCGGAGGACCCCCACUUGAGAGAUGGAUGAGCUGCUCCAAAGGGGAACUGUUGACACUCGGGCCCUUUGAGGGGGUUUCUUUUGGACUUUUUUCAUGUUUUCUUCACAAAUCAAAAUUUGUUUAAGUCUCAUUGUUAGUAAUUCUGGGACAGGUUAUUAAAGGAUUUAAAUUUGAACCUGGCUUUCUCACAGCUGGACAUAAUUCUAGGAAAAUAAAAUACUAUGUCGCCACUUGGCCAUAAUCAUUUAGACGGUGGUGUAGGGUAAAGCUGUUUGUUAGAAAGAUUCUAGCGUUUUACUCUCCCUGGGCUUUCCUCCGCCUUGCUGCAACAGAGAGGAAAUGCCCAUGUCCACAGCUUGUACACACUGCCCCCUCACUAUCUUGUUAUGCAGUGGCAUGCCAAAGGAGAACUGAAUUAGCUUCUGAAGCUUCUGCUGUAAAUCAGAAGUGUAUGUUAGUCAAGAGUAAACAAGAUGCACCCAGUAUGGUGGGAGGGUUUUGCUGUCAGUAGCUCAAAGUAUGGUGUAGAAAUGGCCUCCUCCCUCCAUCCUGGGAAGGUCCAGUCCCAUCCUGGUGUAAGAAUCAACCAGGCUUUCCUGCUCCACCUGAGAUAACCAACUCCCUCCCGUAAUCAGGAAGCCAAAUGUCACCUUCCCAAAGAAAUUUUAUUUUCACGUAGCUGAAGUGCAAAACAUAGAUGACCAUUUUUAAUAAGCACAAUCAAAUUUUUAACCACAGAAUGUCUACAAGAAUUAUAGCUUUAAAAAAUACAACCAAUUUUUAUAUUUCAAAAAUAUUUGAACUCAAAUAAAUUAAUUUCUUAAAAAGUA